GUGACAAUAUGGAUAUGAACUUUGAUCAGAAAGAUGGCUCGUCGUCUGCUAAACCCGGUUUGUAGGCAAGUUGGAGCAAAGCGAGAUUGCUUUGUGCGAAAUUUGUCAGUAUCAAGACAAUGCAAACAACGAAAUGAGCCACAAGAAGCAUUGUUUGGACCUGAACACAAGCAACUGAGAGAAAACCUAAGAAAGAUAAUUGAUAAAGAAAUCAAUCCCUAUGUUGAUGAAUGGGAAAAAGCUCAAAUGUUCCCUGCCAAGGAUGUGUUCAAGACUCUUGGAAAUGCUGGCUACUUGGGUGUAACUAAACCUACAGAGUAUGGCGGACUUGGGCUGGACUACUCCUAUGGCAUGGCUGUGGCUGAGGAGCUGGGACACAUUAACUGUGGAGGUGUUCCUAUGGCGAUAGGAGUACAGACUGACAUGGCCACGCCGGCUCUAGCUAGGUUUGGAAGUGACAAACUGAAGGGAGAGUUCCUUGCUCCGUCCAUUGCUGGUGACAUGGUGGCCUGUCUCGGGGUCAGUGAGGUCGGCGCCGGCUCAGAUGUAUCAAGUAUCUUCACAAAAGCAUCCCGAACUGGAGAUGAUCUCAUCAUCAAUGGUGGCAAGAUGUGGACAACUAAUGGUACACAGGCAGACUGGAUGUGUCUGUUAGCUAACACGGGGCAAGGGAAGGCCCACCAGAACAAGUCUCUCAUUUGUCUACCCAUGGACCUUCCAGGUAUCCAGGUUGCCAAGAAGAUUGAAAAGAUGGGAAUGAAGUGUUCUGACACAGCACAGAUAUUUUUUGAAGACGUUCGUAUUCCAGCCAGCUAUAUUAUUGGAGAGGAGGGGAUGGGAUUCACCUACCAAAUGUUGCAGUUUCAGGAGGAGAGACUGUAUGCAGCAGCUCUUGUCCUGGCUCCCCUAGAGAAGAUCGUCCAGGAGACAGCUGCAUACACGGCUCAGCGGAAGUCCUUCGGGAAGCCGAUCCUCAGCAACCAGGUGGUCCACUUCCGCCUUGCCGAGCUGGAGACUGAGAUUGAGAGUCUUCGGUCUCUGCUGUAUAGGGCUGUUGCUCUGUACAUGGAUGGGAAUGAUGUGACCAAGCUGGCCUCCAUGUGUAAACUGAAGGCAGGCCGGCUCUCGAGGGAGGUGUGCGACUCCUGUCUGCAGUACUGGGGAGGGAUGGGCUACACUGAUGAAGUGCUCAUUAGUCGCUUGUACAGGGACUUCAGACUUCUGUCCAUUGGAGGCGGUGCUGAUGAAGUGAUGCUGUCAAUCAUCUGUAAAUACAUGAAAAUCCUGCCUCCCUCCUCGUAAAUCAGAUGCACAGAUGUACAUACUGUAUAUACAUGAUGUAUGAAUGGCUUGAAGGAAAACUUGAGAGAACUGUGCCCCUAAACAAUCAUUCAAUGAAGUCUACAGGCCAUGACAUAGCAUAUGAGCUCAGUCAUUCAGAUUGCUGUGACUGCGUUGUUGGACUAAGAGUGAUUAAGAGCGGAGUGGUGGAAUGUUUGCAGGACAACAUACACUGGUUCUGUACUGAAGGAGCUUCCACUCGUUUGUCCUCUUGAACAAGCAAGAUGUAAAACCACAGGACAUUCACAGAUGAAUAGUUAUGUCUUAUUAUGUACACUACUCAAAAGAAGUUCAAAUAAUAUGAAAGCAUUGGGUGGUCUUCAACUUCUUUUGAGUAGUAUAUAUUCUUUGAAUUCAGUUACACCCAAUUAUCCCAUAAUGAUUCUUUAAUUUAGGAGUUUGUUAAUGCCAACAUUUCACCAAGUAUGGUACCAUACGGAUUAUUCAGGUUCCACAGCAUAAACUUGUGUGUAUGUUUUUAUAUAUAUAUUUCAUGAGAGUCCAGCUUCUUAUGUACUGGUAUAAUUAUGAAAAUGAUAUUUGGAGAUUAUUUACAGUGAAUCUUGCCCUUGUUAUUAUUCUCUAUGCUGUCUGUUUUCAAAGUAACUCAUGUGUUUUUUUGACAUAUUAAAGAGACUGAAUUUGUACAUUGUCAGUACAUUCAAUAUAUUUUUUCUCUUUCAAUUACAGAAUGGAACAUCUGUCAAUAACAGUACCAAAAAAAUCAAUAAAUAUUCUAUGCAUUUUGUAUAGCAAGAGUUAUGAUAUAGAAUACAAGUAAAUGAUACAGUAAUUAAGUUUUUCAAAUGUUCAAUUAUUAAAACAUAUAAAAUGAUUUACGGUAAAGUAUAGUUGGACACAGAAUAUCUGGAUGAUAGACAUUAAACAAAUCACUUGUGAUCCUAAGUUGCUCAGUAAGUCCAAAUCAGUUACCCUGUCCGAAUGUAUUUAGUUCAUCAAUCAAAUCAGAUGAUUAGAAUGUUUGAGAUGUGUAUCCCACUUCAUUGUGUACAGGGCUGAUAUUGGUUUUCAUGUAUAUGACAACAUAUAAUCAGUUUUGCAACUUUUAUGAGACAUUUGUCUGAUUUCUACAGAAGUGAAAUAGUUAUGAAAAACACUCAGGGAUUAGAUACUGUUAGAAAUAAUAAUAGUGUUGUGUAAGAAAUAAACAUAUCGUUGUGAAUCAG